AUGGAGGUGUAUAUCAAACUGUUUCUGCUAGCGGCAUUGGUUACCAAAGGACAAUCAUUAGAUGUCGUGAAAACCAAACAAGUCACCGAAUAUGUAAGAAAUAUAACCUUAGCAGUAAAUGAAGGUUACCGUGGCACAGUAGUUUGUUGGAUUCUGCAGUUCAGCUUGUCCUCGACCUCAUCAUUAGUGCAGAAUUCACUUGCUCAAGACUUGUUUCUGGGUGAAGAAAUGGUGCUACUGCAAGCAGAUCUUUCGACAGAAUAUGAACCAACGUAUUUGACGCCAACGGUGGUUGUGAUUGUGAUGGAACAUUUGGACGAAAUAGUAACUUAUAGAAUAUUGGAGGCGUGGUUACUCGCGAUACCAUACCAUUCGAUAGUACUUAUAUUAUUCAAAGCGAAUGACUUGUCGCAGGUUCCGCUGGUAGCAAAAACACUCUUUUCACAUGGUAUACUUAAUGUGAUCAUGAUAGCGUACAACGUAGACGCAGUUUACACUUUCGAUUAUAACCCGGUUAGACCUACUUUACACGCUGGUUUUCCAACGGUGGAAAAAGUGCUGUACGACCGACUCUUCACGCUAGGACCAACGGAAGUGGAUGCUGUGUACGUCGAAAACGUUUACACGUUUGAGUCCGGAAACGUUUCCGGGGAGGAUAUAAUGCUUUUUAAGUUGUUCUUUGAAUGGCUUGGAAUUCGGUGUAACGUGAUCAAAUUGAUUUGCAGUUUAUCAGAGCCUCUUGUAAACUGUUUGCCUAGAGUUAGGUCAAUCAUACUUAUGCCCCGGUUGUUUUACGCAAACCAUUCUACCAGAAUGGUCGAUGGAAUAGAAAUGGUAAAAUUAGCCAUUCUUGCCCCACGCGGAGCCCCCAUAUCGAUCAGCUCGAUGGUUCUUAAGCCAUUCUCACCAGGAGUGUGGAUAGCUCUCUUGGCACUAUGUCUAUUAUCAUGUCUAGGGCAUCAUGCUGUUCCAAAUCUGUUGCAAAACAAUCUGUUCUCUCUUGCGUUGUUCGGUUUUGAGAAACGGAACCUACGCUUCACAGGACGAUGUGAAAAACUGUUCGCUGUCGCCAUGAUCAUCCUGUUGUUUCAGUUGAAAUGUGCCUACGAAACGUUUGUUAUUUCCUAUGGCAUCGAGCGACCGACGGAACCUGAUCCUCGCACCAUACGUGAUCUAAAGGAGCGGAACAUUCCAUUGUUUAUAAAUAAUCUAACAUUCGAUUUAGAAGCGUUUAAUCUACCCUUGGAUGGUGUUCAGUUAAAAUUUGGUAUUGUCGGGGAGCUGAACCGGUUAUCAAUUUUAAGCUUCCGUUACGAAUUGGAACUGUUGGCCGUCGAUAUUGCGAAUUUUGAUCCAACGAAUGGAAAACAACGGCUUGACUUCUUGGAGCAGACUUUUCCCGAAAGGUUAGCAGUCUUUGAAUUCGAAAUGAAAUCUAUCUACCAACAUCAUUUUGCAAAAUUUCGGAGAACAGUGUUCGAGGCGGGACUACAACAAAGGUGGAGACAGAUGGGUUGGUUGUUUAUUUCGCUUACAAUACGAGAUGGGGUAUCACAGAUUUCUGCUUGA